AUGUCAUGGCCACCUCAUAGCUUGAGUCGAGAGUCUGAGCUUCCUGAAGAAAAAGCUGAGCUGCUGAUUUCUAGAGGCGCCGCCUUCUUCGGAGGUCUCUUCUUACAAGCCAAUCAUACCCUCAUUCGCCAACCUCGCUUUUACGCGACUGUGAGCUUUGCAGCUGCUGGAAAGCAUUUGGAAGCUUCUCCUCAGCCUAGCGCCACUCUUGUAGACGCGUCGCUUGUGUUGAGUGGCCAGCCUCUCGAAAAGCCCAGCAUGGAGCAAUGUUUUGGCGCGCUACCAGGAACAGUCACACUCAAUCGCUACAUAAACGCGAUCAGCUGUCCUCGGCAUCCGGAACGCUUGCCCAAGUAUGAAAUCCAGCCUCGCGCCAUGGACAACUUGCUCGUGCUACAGCGCCUGCACUACUUGAUGAGGAAUGGCUGGGACAAUGACAUCGAGAUUGCGGAGGAAUUUCUGUGCACACAGCUUGUCUAUGACCCUCUCUGGCAGAAAGGAGCACCUCCGCAGCUGGCGAGGCAGAUUAUGGUUCUCAUCGCUGCAUUGAGCAACCCUAGUUGGAUCGAUUUUCGCGAGCCCACAUCUCAGGUACUAGCAAAUUAUUACGACACAGAGGACGUCGACGUGGAAAAGCACUUCUGGCAACAGCUGCUUCUGAGUGUUGAACUCGACCUUCGUUUGCGGGCAGCAGGAGACCAGGAACAUUCCAUGAUUUCUCACGUCCCUGACAAAGUCGCUUGGGACCUCGCAUUGAGUAAGGUCUGGCUGUCGAAGAUGGCUCUGGUGCCGAUUGAUGAAGGUUUUUUGCGACCUGCUACCCAUUUUCAUGUCACAGCUCUCACCAAAGAUGCUCAAAGGGAGAGGCUCCUAAACUUCGCACGCAGCAUGAAGUGGGUGGGCAUGCACGAUGUUGAAUCCAUGCUCGAAGAGGACAGCGAUGGUGGCAUCCCUCUUGAAUUCCAAAACGCACAUACAUCUUCCUGGAUCACCGGCACGAUUUUACCGGGCCCAUCCGUAUGUUGGCUAGCGAUGAGAUGCCUGAUCGACUGCGAUGCUACCAUAAUCAACCCGCCCCAUGGCUUCGACAAGAUGGAGUCCAAUUUCGGCUUUCAGUACGGCGGCUGCACCUACUGGUACUUCCAGAACAUUGUCGGAAAAGUCUUGGGGGCUUCGCGAGGCGUCAACCAGGACCACGGCUGGGUUGGUCCCUGCAUUCCCAGCGAUGAUCUCUUCAAACUUCAGACAGUGCUCAUACGCACGGAAGACGUCCCCGUCAAACCGAGCAAGAGUCGUGUGCAAAAAAUGGCAGCACGCAGCGCGCCCCUCGGUCCACCAGCUCACCGCUACCCUGUCCGCGACUACGUGCUGCCACUACCAGACUCCACCAACAUCGUCGACUGCGUCAGAGUCCAAAAACUAGCCUUCAACAUGCACUCCCUUCCAAUCUCAGCCGAUGACCCGACUACCUACGACGCAGCCAUCGUUUUCGCCAUUGCGAACGAGAUCGUCCCCAUCCGCCUCCGCUACAACGUCUCCUUCAUCUACGCCCCUCCCUGCUGCGGUCAGCAUCCUCUGUUCUGGGACUACGCAUACCGAACCACCAAAGUGGACGAGCUCCUUCUGGAUCUCCGAUGCUGGAACGGCGUCUUCGUCGAUGCGAAGACACCCAGCGAGAACAGCGGCUGUGCCUCUAGCUCUACGAGCUCGAGCGGUGCGGACGCCAAGGGCAAGAAGAUGCCGGCACCCGAGUCCAUCCUUGUGGUGGAGGCGUACGGGGUGGAGGAUAAUGAGGUCUUGGCCAGAGCGUGGGCUUCGCAUAUUGGGUUUUCGGCCGUCGUGGCGACUGGCGGGGAGACGUAA